AUGUGUUACAAGACCAACUACGAGCCUUACAGGAGUCAAAGCCUGGAUAUGAAGGAAGACCUUUCUUUGGAGGAACUUCUCUAUCCUUUGGGAGAUCUCUAUCCACACGUCGUGGCCCUUCAACUACAAUCUGAGGACAACCCAUGGUCCAAGAACUUCCCUGGCUAUUCAGAUGUCAGCUAUUGGACUGAAGUUUCUUCGUCACGGCCACCUUCGGAGACUUCUUCGAAGCACACGACAUGCAGGUACAGCAGCGACUCCACAGCCUCCAGAUUUGUCACCCGCAUCCGGCGACUUCUCAGCCGAGAUGAGUUGCGCCGACGCUCGAGAGCUUAAACUUGUCUUGACCGAAAGAUCUUUGACCUCUCAUUUGUCACUUUUCUUCACUACAUCGUCGAUCGAUUCGAUUUCCAUUCCAUUACUUGCAUUUGUAUUUUCUAUUUUCUGUUGAACCGCAGCAAGCGAAUACCCUCCUGUCUAAUGUUUCAUUUGUGAUAUUGAAAGCAUGCUGAAGAUCGCCGAAGAUCUUGAACUCUAACUCACCGACUCUCUGUCCCUCUCUCUCUGUCUCUUCCUCCCCCGCCUCUACCCCUCUACCUCUACC